AUGGCGAGUCAACCCCGCAUUCCUGCCGGUUCCCUUGCUUUCACUGAAAUCCCCGCCGGAAUGCUUGACGAUUCCGGGUCUUUUGUUGGAGCUGCAGCCAAGGAAAUACAAGAAGAAACUGGCCUGACGAUUCCUCAGGAUGAACUGAUUGAUAUGACCUCGCUUGCAUUGCAAUCAGUUGCAAGCACCAAGGGCGUAGAGGCAUUGCAGAAAGCUGUAUAUCCAUCGGCUGGCGGAAGCGACGAGUUUAUUCCUUUAUUCUUGUGUCAAAAGCGAAUGCCGCGUAAGGACAUUGAAAGUCUACAGGGACGAUUGACCGGUCUACGCGAGGAUGGAGAGAAGAUCACGCUAAAAUUAGUUCCUUUGAAGGAAUUGUGGAAAGAGGGAUUACGGGACGGAAAGACACUCGCAUCAUGGGCGUUGUAUAAAGGACUCAAGGAAGAGGGGAAAAUCUAA